GCUCUAGGAAAAAUGCAAAUAACCAAACGGCUGUUGUUGCUAUCUUUCAGCUGUGUCCGUGGAGAUGCCUGUCUCGAAAGAAUAUUGCUUCAGUUGAUCUUCUCGCAGCUUAUUCUUUGAAGGACCCUAGCUCCGUGGUUUUGUCUAGUUCAAAAUGGCAGAAAAGGCUCCCCCUGGCUUAAACAGGAAGACUUCAAGGUCGACACUCUCUCUUCCACCCGAACCUGUGGACAUUAUUAGGAGCAAAACGUGCUCAAGGAGAGUCCGAAUCAACGUGGGGGGCCUCAACCACGAAGUUCUGUGGAGAACGCUGGACAGGCUGCCUAGGACACGCUUGGGGAAGCUUCGAGACUGUAACACGCAUGAGAGCCUUCUGGAGGUGUGCGAUGACUAUAAUCUGAAUGAGAAUGAGUAUUUCUUUGAUCGCCAUCCGGGAGCCUUCACUUCCAUUUUAAAUUUCUACCGGACAGGGAAACUCCACAUGAUGGAAGAAAUGUGUGCGCUCUCUUUUGGCCAAGAGCUUGAUUACUGGGGGAUUGAUGAGAUUUAUUUAGAGUCCUGCUGCCAAGCCAGAUAUCAUCAAAAGAAAGAGCAAAUGAAUGAAGAACUGAGGCGCGAGGCAGAGACUAUGAGAGAACGAGAAGGAGAAGAGUUUGAUAAUACCUGCUGCCCUGAGAAAAGGAAGAAACUCUGGGACUUGCUGGAGAAACCUAACUCGUCCGUCGCUGCAAAGAUCUUGGCCAUCGUGUCUAUCCUAUUCAUCGUACUCUCCACCAUCGCUUUGUCGCUCAACACACUACCAGAGCUGCAGGAAACGGAUGAAUUUGGACAACCCAACGACAACCCCCAGUUAGCGCAUGUGGAGGCCGUGUGUAUUGCGUGGUUUACCAUGGAGUACCUUUUACGGUUCCUAUCCUCACCCAAUAAAUGGAAGUUCUUUAAAGGCCCGUUAAACGUCAUUGACUUGCUGGCCAUCUUACCAUACUAUGUCACCAUUUUCCUCACGGAGUCCAAUAAGAGCGUGCUGCAGUUCCAAAACGUGAGGCGAGUCGUUCAGAUCUUCCGAAUCAUGCGCAUCCUGAGGAUCCUGAAACUCGCCAGACAUUCCACAGGCCUGCAGUCUCUGGGUUUCACGCUCAGGCGGAGUUACAACGAACUGGGCUUGUUGAUACUGUUCUUGGCUAUGGGGAUUAUGAUAUUUUCCAGCCUGGUCUUUUUUGCCGAGAAAGAUGAGGAUGCUACCAAGUUCACCAGUAUCCCCGCAUCGUUCUGGUGGGCCACCAUCACCAUGACCACCGUAGGCUAUGGUGACAUCUACCCUAAAACGUUGUUAGGGAAAAUCGUGGGAGGGCUCUGCUGCAUCGCCGGGGUCCUGGUCAUCGCCCUCCCCAUCCCAAUCAUUGUCAACAACUUUUCCGAGUUUUACAAGGAGCAGAAACGCCAAGAGAAGGCAAUUAAAAGGAGAGAGGCUCUUGAGCGGGCGAAAAGGAACGGAAGCAUCGUUUCUAUGAACUUAAAAGAUGCUUUUGCUCGCAGUAUGGAACUGAUAGAUGUGGCCGUGGAGAAAGCAGGAGACUCAGCCAAUACGAAGGACUCAGCCGACGACAAUCACCUGUCCCCGAGCCGGUGGAAGUGGGCCAGGAAGGCUCUGUCGGAAACGAGCUCCAACAAGUCUUACGAGAAUAAGUACCAGGAGGUGAGCCAAAAGGACUCCCACGAGCAGCUGAACAACACGUCUUCCUCCAGCCCACAGCAUCUGAGUGCCCAGAAACUGGAGAUGCUGUACAAUGAAAUCACCAAGACACAGCCUCAUGCUCAUCUAAACUCAGAGGGCCAGGAACAGUCUGAGAGACCGUCUGCCUACGAAGAAGAGAUCGAGAUGGAAGAGGUGGUCUGCCCCCCGGAGCAGCUGGCCGUGGCGCACCCCGAGGUCAUCAUGGACAUGAAGAGUACCUCCAGCAUCGACAGCUUCACCAGCUGCGCCACCGACUUCACCGAGACCGAGCGGUCGCCCCUGCCGCCGCCCUCCGCUUCACACUUGCAGAUGAGGUUCCCGACUGACUUCCCGGGGACAGAAGAGCACCAAAGAGCCCGGGGCCCCCCGUUUCUCACACUAGCCAGAGAGAAAGGGCUGGCAGCCAGGGAUGCCGCGCUGGCACGUGCCCCCAUAGACGUAACUGUGAACCUGGAUGCCGGCGGUUCCCAGUGUGGCCCACACGGUCCCUUGCAGCCCGACGGUGCCACUGACAGCCCUAAGAGCUCGUUAAAAGGCAGCCAUCCACUCAAGUCCAGAUCCCUCAAAGUGAACUUUCAGGAGAACAGAGGCGGCGCCCCCCAGACGCCGCCCAGCACAGCCCGGCCACUGCCAGUCACCACGGCUGACUUCUCGCUGGCCACCCCCCAGCACAUCAGCACCAUCCUCCUGGAAGAAAACUCCCCCCAGGCAGACAGACCUUUGCUGGGCAUGGAGGGGCCUGCACAUUGUCAGGGGCCUUCCAAAGGCUUAUCCCCUCGGUUUCCCAAGCCAAAACUGUUUCCUUUCUCUUCGAGAGAGAGGCGGAGCUUCACCGAAAUAGACACUGGCGAAGACAAUGACUUCUUAGAGCUCCAAGGGGCAAGGCAGGACAAGCAGGCAGACUGCAACCCAAAUUGCUUUGCAGAUGAGCCUAGUGACGGAAGAGACCCUUUGAGAGAAGAGGCCUAUGUUGGCUCUUCCUCCCCCCAGACCACAGAUCACAACUGUAGGCAAGACAUUUACCAUGCUGUGGGUGAAGUAGUAAAGGACAAUAGUCAAGAAGGGUGCAAGAUGGAAAACCACUUGUUUGCCCCAGAAAUCCAUUCCAACCCAGGAGACACAGGUUAUUGUCCCACACGUGAAACCAGCAUGUGACUAGUUACAAAAGCAAUAAAAAACAAAAACAAAAACAAAAACUUGUUUCUUAAAAACACAGUUAAAAAUGCCUAUGAACUAAAAUAUGGGAAGCCUCCCCACCUACCCCCCAAAAAGUGCAUAAAAUGUUAUUUUUGCAUGGCAUGAACAGUUUAGUUUAAGCACUGUUUAAAUAAAAAGUCAAGACUGCAUUUUGUAACAAACAAACAAAAAAUCACUGAAGAACAGUGAACAAAUAAAGAGAGCUCUAUUAGGAACCAGUAUUCUGCAAUGUCUGACAUUUUUGAUCCUUUCAUUUAAAAUUGUAGACAGAGUUUCAACUUUUAUGUUUCCAUGAUUUCUGGGAUUUGCCCUUGAAAGGAUGAAAUGUCAUUGCAUGCAUUCUUAGUUACGAGGAGCAAGGUGCUUUUAGCUUGCAAAAUGCGAUAACUUUGUACAUAUUGGGGCCGGGGAUGCAAAAGUGUCAAGAACACAUGGAAACAAGUUUCUGAGACACAGGUACUUCCUUCACAGCUACUGCCUGGAGGAACUGUACAGACUUCCUGUUGCAAAAUUGCAACCUCUUCUUAAAUCAUUUCACAUAUCU